CAAAUUUGAGUAGCUUUGGAGGCCAAUCCUUCAACUUAGUUAAGACUUUAGGAACAUGAAAACUACCCUUAUAGACCAUCUUCAUGUACAAAACAACCACUAGUACCACAUGAUGAAGGAACAUUAGAGAUCCUUUAGUUAAGGGGUAGGAAAUGACAUAAAUAAUUGUUGUUUGAUGCUUCCAAUCAUGAUGACUAUAAACAACAAUCCAGUUUUUUCCAUAAGUGAAGCUAGAAUAUUCUGAUGCAUGACAGUAGCAUAUACUAUGAAGAGGGAGUAAUCUGUGUUUGGCUGCAGAUGUUGGAACUGCAGCUGAAUUGCUUCAAAUUGCUGAGAAGGUUGGACCUGAGAUAUGCUUGCUGAAGACUCAUGUGGAUAUUUUGCCAGAUUUUACUCCUGAUUUUGGCUCUAAGCUUCUCUCGAUUGCAGAAAAACAUAACUUCUUAAUCUUUGAGGAUCGUAAAUUUGCUGACAUUGGUAACACAGUGACCAUGCAAUAUGAAGGAGGGAUCUUUCACAUAUUGGAUUGGGCUCACAUAGUAAAUGCUCACAUUAUCUCUGGUCCUGGAAUCGUGGAUGGACUAAAAUUGAAGGGUUUGUCUCGUGGUAGGGGACUGUUGCUGCUUGCUGAAAUGAGUUCAGCCGGCAACCUUGCCAAGGGAGAUUAUACCGCUGCUGCAUUGAAAAUUGCUGAGGAGCAUUCCGACUUUGUAAUUGGCUUCAUCUCCGUUAAUCCUGCAUCAUGGCUAGGGGCACCCAUAAAUCCUUCUUUCAUUCAGGCAACUCCUGGAGUUCAAAUGGUGACUGGUGGUGAUGGAUUAGGGCAACAAUAUAACACUCCACAUUCUGUAUUAUUACAACAAGGUUACUCAGCAAUCAACAUGGACAAUACCAGAAGAACUCAAGCUGGCUCGUGAGCAGGCACAUAAAACUAUUAGCCAGGGGAUGGUGUCAGAAACAAGUGACACAUCCAAUGCUACGGCCUCCUCUGCAGCAGCAUCAACACCAGCUAAUGCAGCUAGUUCCAACACUUUGACAUCUAACGGU